UUCAUCUGGAAUGAGCACACUGGUUAGGGACGCUGCCGUGGCUCCAUCACCCAGGCCAAGGCUGUGAAGCAGCAUGUGAAUGGACGCUGGGAGGACUGCAGUUGUAACUGAGGGCCAGAAGACACGAGCCUCUGUUGCUCGACCUGUCACUCUCACAGUCAUGGCUAAGGGGAAGAAGGCACCGGCUGGCCCAGGGGACAAGCUAAUAAUGAAGCAUCCUGAACCUGCCUUCACCAAGGUCCCUGUACAGACUCAUCCAGAGCAGAAGCUCUCUGUGUGUAGCAAACUGUGUUUUGCCAUCGGAGGGGCACCUAAUCAGGUGGCUGGGAGUGCUACUGCUUUUUUCCUCCAGAUAUAUCUGCUAGAUGUUGCUCAGAUAAACCCAUUCCAGGCCUCCAUGGUGCUGUUCAUCGGUAAGGCCUGGGGGGCAGUUAGUGACCCCAUUGUCGGAUUCUUUGUCACUAAAAGCAGAUGGACAAAAAUUGGCCGGCUCAUGCCAUGGAUGGUGGGCUGCACCCCAUUUGUGGUAGUGUCCUACUUCUACUUGUGGUUUGUUCCCCCUUUCACCAACGGAAGGUUCAUCUGGUAUCUGGGAUUCUACUGCCUCUAUCAAACCCUCAUCACAUGUUUCCACGUGCCUUACUCAGCCCUGACCAUGUUCCUGAGCACAGAUCAGCGAGAGAGAGACUCAGCUACAGCCUACCGUAUGACCAUGGAGGUUCUGGGCACGCUGGUUGGUGCAGCCAUCCAGGGCCAGAUUGUAGCGAGCGCUCACACUCUGAAGCACUGCCGCCAUCACAAUGUGUCAGCGGGUCACCUGGGAAACAGUAGCGGGACAGAGGUCAUCAGAAGCCUGGCGCUAUCCCAGGACUUCCUGUCACAUGCAAAGGAGGUGUACAUGAUCGCUGCAGGAGUGAUAGGAGGGCUGUUUCUCAUCUGUACAGUGGUGAUGUUCCUGGGAGUCAAAGAGAGGGAUGAUCCCUAUGCGCCGAAGACAGAGAAGCCCAUUCCUUUCCAUAAAGGCUUUGUGCUGGUGAUGAAACAUGGACCGUAUCUCACGCUCACAGCGGCUUUCCUCUUUAUAUCUGUGGCCAUCCAGCUGGUGCAGAGUAACUUUGUGCUGUUCUGCACAUAUGCAGUGGACCUUCGAGAUCACUUUCAGAAUAUAGUGCUGACAAUUCUGAUGUCUGCAGCUGUGAGCAUCCCUUUCUGGCAGUGGUUCCUGCAGAAGUUUGGCAAGAAGACAGCGGCAUUCUGUGGCAUUACGUGGAUCAUGCCCUUCACGGUGAUGCUGGUGUUCAUUCCUAACCUGGUGGUGGCGUAUGUGGUCGCUGUAUCUUCUGGACUCAGCGUCGCUGCAUCACUACUUUUACCAUGGUCAAUGUUACCAGACGUAGUGGAUGACUUCAGACUGGCAAACCGCAACUCAAAGGGCCAUGAGGCAAUCUUCUACUCCUUCUAUGUUUUCUUCACCAAGUUCGCAGCAGGGAUCUCUCUGGGAGUGUCCACGCUGUGUUUAGAGUUUGCUGGCUAUGACACAGGAGCAUGCAGACAGCCUCACGCAGUAGCAUACACUCUAAAACUCCUGAUUGGCGCGGCCCCAGUAGCCUUUAUCAUCACAGGCCUGAUGAUCCUCUUGCUGUACCCCAUCAGCGAAGAUGUGAGACUGCAAAACAAACUAGCCCUGGAUGAGCUCAGAAAUCAGACCAUAAACUGCAGAUCCCUCAGAGAAGACCUGAACAGCGCAUAGGCUCUUCAAACAGCACAGAUGUAGAUUCCAGCCUGGCCCUGGGAUGAGACGUGUUAGUGUACAUUACACUGUGACAAACCUAACUGAUUAUGUUUUGAAGUAAACAUUUCAUUUUGUUUCUGUAUUUUCACAUGAAGUUGUAAUGUAUCUGCAUUGAAUAUAUACAAUAUGCUGUACCUAAUUUAUAUAAAUGAAUGUACUGUAUAUCGCUUUUUUUCCCUUGAAGUAAGCUAUAAUGGGAUGUAAUAGGUCUUAGAUGUUCAGAUUAUUGAAUGGUUUGAUUUAAUGCUUAAUAAAAAAAAAUAAUAUUUUGGUGCUGGUAAGAUGUAGCUUGAGAGUCUCUGUCAAUGCCAAGGUCAAUGCACAAUACAGUAUUGGAGAAUCAUAAGUGGAUCAUAAAAUGGUACUGAGAGUUAUUACCUUGUUAAAUAUAAGAGACUAAUAAUACACCAGUAAUAUAAUAAUAAAUAACUUGAUUUUAAUGAA